AUGUUCAUUCCAUUCCCCACAUCUCUCUCUAUCCAUUCCACCCACUCUCUCUAUAUAUAUAUUCAUUCCUCCUCUCUCUAUCUAUUCCACUGCUCUCUCUAUCCAUUACAUUCCUCUUUCUAUCCAUUCAUUCCUUUCUUUCUCGCUGUCCAUUCCAUUCCCUCUCUCUCUCUCUCUUUGUCUAUUCCAUUCCAUUUCUCUCUCGAGUCUUUCCAUUUCUUCCAUGUUCUUCCCACACUAUUCCUGUCUGUCUCUCUGUCCAUUCUCCACACUAUUCCUCCCCUCUCUCUCUCCUUUAUCAUUUUUCUUUGUUGUCUUUCUCCUUUUCUUUGUUUUUUUUCCCCUUGUUUCUUUAUACCCUAUUCUUUUUUUUUCCUUUUCUUUUACUCUCCUCUCUCUCACCAAUCCUUACCCUUUGCAUUCCUCUCUUUUCCUAUUUCCUACCCUCACUCUUUUUCAUCUUAA